AUGGCACUCAACAAGCUCAGCAUCGAUAAGGUGGAGUUGUCGGACAAGAGGGUGCUUAUACGGGUUGACUUCAAUGUGCCAUUGAAAGAGGGUAAGAUAACAAACAAUCAGAGAAUCGUUGCUGCGCUGGACACAGUGAAAUAUGCCAUUGAUAAGAAGGCUAAGUCAAUCGUGCUAAUGUCCCAUCUGGGCCGACCGGAUGGUAAGAGGGACGAGAAAUAUACAUUGAAACCUGUGGCCGAGGAACUGAAAACUCUGUUAGGAAGGGAGAUCCUGUUUUUGAAUGACUGUGUUGGAUCAGAAGUAGAAGCUGCUUGCGCCAAUCCAGCACCUGGUACUAUUAUUUUAUUGGAAAAUCUGAGAUUUCACGUUGAGGAGGAGGGGAAAGGUGUAGGUCCUGAUGGAAAUAAGAUUAAAGCUGACAAGGAUAAAGUUGCUGAAUUUAGAGCAUCUCUGAGAAAGCUAGGAGAUGUAUAUAUAAAUGAUGCCUUUGGAACUGCUCAUCGUGCUCAUAGUUCUAUGAUGGGAGAUGGAUUUGACAUAAGAGCAAGUGGUUUUUUGUUGAAAAAGGAACUUGCAUACUUUGCGAAAGCUCUAGACAAUCCAGAAAGACCGUUUUUAGCUAUACUUGGAGGGGCUAAGAUUGCUGACAAAAUUCAAUUAAUUAAUAAUCUUCUAGACAAAGUGAAUGAAAUGAUUAUUGGAGGUGGUAUGGCAUAUACAUUCUUAAAAGUGUCCAAAGGUAUGAAGAUUGGGAACUCAUUGUUUGACGAAGAAGGAGCAAAAAUUGUGAACGACUUAUUGGAUAAAGCAAAAAAAAAUAGCGUCCAAAUUCACUUGCCGGUGGAUUUUGUGACUGCCGAUAAAUUUGCAGAGAAUGCAGCAGUAGGAGCUGCGGAUGUUGAGAAUGGUAUACCUGAUGGAUGGAUGGGUCUUGAUGUAGGCCCAAAAUCAAGAGAUUUGUUUGCAGAACCAAUUAAGAGAGCAAAAGUUAUAGUAUGGAAUGGCCCAGCGGGAGUAUUCGAAUUUGAAAACUUCAGUAGAGGUACAAAAAGUUUGAUGGACAAUGUUGUUGAAGCCACAAUUCGGGGAACGAUUACUAUUAUCGGUGGAGGUGACACGGCAACGUGUGCAGCUAAGUGGAAAACGGAGGAUAAAGUGAGUCACGUGAGUACCGGUGGUGGUGCAAGCUUGGAACUUUUGGAGGGUAAAGUAUUACCCGGCGUUGCCGCUCUCUCUUCAUCAUAAAUCUAUCUUCGAAAUAUGUGAACUAAAAUAACGACCAAUUGUUUCGUGACGUAACCGUUCACCGGUUCUAUAGAAAUUUAACGAGUAGCAUUUGGAUGUUGGGAUCAUGGUUUUUUCCAAGAUCUUAGUCAAAUUUGGUAUUAGUGAGAUUUACGUAGAAGAUCAUAUCUGUCUUUUAUUUUUUCUCAAUAUAAUUAUGUUGCUUUGUUUUUUGAAAUCCCAACAUUCUUUUACAAGAAAUAUUGAAGUUAUAUGUUCGCGUAUUGGCAUACUCUUAGAUCUCUAUGGUACGUACAAUUAUAUUGAUAAACAGUUUAGUACAUAACUAUCAGAUGUGUAUAUUAUGUGCGAAGUGUAAUAUACUAACUAAUAUAAGACAAUUGUAUGUAUAUAUUCUACAUUAGCUAUUAAGGAAAUAAUUGUAAGGAGAGACAAUUGCCGUUAUACUAAUAAUGUAAUCGUCCCUGCACGGUAAAAAGUUCGCUCAUAGUUUGAACACAGACUUCGGAUUACUCUGCAUCAUAUUAAAAUGUAAAUAUUAACUUUUAUUUAAUAUAGAGUAAUUAUAUACUUUCGGCCAUCUGUAUAAUGUCGAAAAUAAAUACU